AUGUCGACCGACCUGAUCCUCAAGCGAAAACUGGUGGCCCUAGGUUAUCCCAUAGCGAACGAGUUUUCAGUUAACUGUAAGUGUUCGGCGUAAUUCGUGAAGCGCUUAGCGGGCGCCGAUUUUAGAAAUGCUAUGGUUUGGUUAGAGGAUCGUGUCAUACGAUUUUUGCCGAUUUCUGAGCGCUUUCGGGAUACCGAAUCGGAGGAAUGGGCAAAAUUCGAGGCCUCGGUAAUGACGAUUGUCUCACCACAUAUCUUUCAGUAUCUCGCCAAAUUAGGCUGUCCUUUUACGAGUGAUAAUGCUUCAUGUGCUCUGGAUUGGGUGCUGAAUCGUGGGCUUGAACUACAGUCGACGGAAGAAGGUUUUGAAAUUUCAAAUUCGCUAAAUUCAUGCAGAUGCGAAGGUUACAGCGUCGAGCGUGCCCGCUUCCCAAACUCAUACAUCCCCAAAAGGGAGCGGCAUUUUCGGCAAUAUUGACAGUAAGUUCGUAACGAUCUAGCUCUAACGCUUGAAGCCGAAAGUGAAGUUUUUAAAACAGGAGUUCAGCGACUUUCGAAACUGCUUCGCAUACCAUCACAUGCUGAUCCGAAACAAACCUUCAAGGUACGCGUCCCGUGCUAAAAUAAACUCACCUUCUAGGCCAUCUGUCUCCUCAUAGAACAGAAGUUGUCGGAAGAGGCCAUCAGACAAGCAAAUGCUGAGCACGGAGAAAAGGUGGGUUUUUCUAAUAGCAACCUCUUUUUGGUUGCCUGGCUAUGCAAAUGCGUCACAACUCUGAAUUAUAACUCUGCCAUUCAAGUCGAUCUGUUUUUGUCCUCUAGUUUUAAACCCCACUUCCCUGCAUUUGUUCCGUAGUUUUAGAGGAGUGGUAGAUCUGUGUCGUUUGAGAACUUCGGUUAAAUUUUGGAGCCUCUAGUGAGUCAGGCCUCGGUACAGGAUAUUAAGACUCCCAUCCUCUUCAACUGUUACCUUCAAUCUGCUGGGUCGAGGUCAAGCACCCCCUCCGCACCCCACCGGACAAGCCUAUUUCGCAACACAGCCGUCUGUCGUUGUAUAACUGAAAGAAAAACUAGUCAACUUCGAGCUCCUUUCGUUCGUUUCUCUCAGCCGGUAUAUCAAAUGACUGCGGAACUACAGAAUAAACAUCAGAAGAUGCGAUCACUGGGACAGGAAGUUUAUUGGCCUGAAGUUUUGGAUUCUCACUCGAACCCAUCAUCAGAGUAAUCUCCCGGUUUCUCCGACGUAGUUGCUCUGUCCACAAUUCCACCACGGCAGGGAACGUUUUAAGUCAUUUACUGGAUUUGAUGCAGUUGCGUACAGAGAAACUAUGUCGAAGAAAUCGGGAGACUGCGUCGGGCGCGGAUGGCCGAGCACGUAGCAACGGUGAGGGAAAACGCAAGAUCUCAGGUGGCGGCUCAUUCCGCGGGACCCGGCCAUAUUUUCAAGUGACCCAAAUCCCCGCAAGAGGUGACAACUCCGCGAGCCGUCAGCUGCUCGAAUCAUGGUUCUCAGGCCCGCAAUCAAUCAACAAGCGGAAUGACCACCCCUUACCACAUUCGGUGCUGAGACAUUCCCUAGGCAGGGUGAUCAGUCACGCGGGCAGGAAACGGGCGAGCAACAAUCUCAUUGAUAGAGACUCAGAUUGCCGAGCCAUCAUCGCGCCAACAUCCAGCACGACUGAUCAAAUUGUCAACUAACGACUCGGAUUCGGACUGACGAGCCAUCAUCGCCUUAAUUACGGCCCCCAGCGGUGAUCCCGAGAGCUGUUAAUUACAGUACGUAUUUGGUUCCACAGCAGCUACGUACUAUAAAUACUGCAGUCUUUCUGCCUUCACUACCCGCAACUGUCUCUGAUGAUGGGUCCGGAUGAGAGUCCAAAACGUUAGGCCAAUAAACUUCUUGUUCCAGUGAUCGCAUCUUCUUCUAAACUGCUUCCUGGAACUCGCCAGUUCGCUUCUAUCGGCAUCGACAGGAUUCUUUAAAGGGCUUCACUAGGUCUUGACAGUGGGUUUGCACCCAGAAGCCGGCUGAGUGAUUUCGACUACGCUGACGAUACCGCCUCGCUAGUCCCACGUUUUGGUUAUUUGCCGUCUAUGGUGUCAGGGGCGAAUAAAGUCGCUAAAUCUUUCGGCUUAUCUAUAAACCUUGAUUGUGCAGACAAAACCUCCGACUGUACACCGCCUUAGAAUUCGGGCACGCAUGACGGUUCUCGUGAAUUGUACUGUUCCAAAGAUAAAAAAUUGCUCAAAAGUCUGGCAACACGAAAAAUAAAAUCAUCUUGUCCGGACGAGCGUAAACAUCUAGAAAAAUCUCCGAGUUAGGAUAAAGUAGUUCGAGUUGCAGUUAAUCGAAAGCAGCAUGAGCCUAAACACAAGAAUCUGCGGCCUACGCAGUCAGAAGGGCUCUUCCCAUCAGCCGUGCCUGGCGGCUGGAACCACCGACCCGGAGCCGGGUACAGCGCCCCCGCCCCUCCCCAUUCAACCGCCACCCUCAAUCUGUCCCAUACUAAUCUUUUGGAUUAUGUCAACCACUUUCUCCCCACUCACCCCGGACAAGCUUUUUUCACAACACAGCUCCGUCUGCGGUUGUAGGACUGAAAGAAUUAGCUUCGGACUUUUAUCGUUAGUUUUCUGUAACCAGUAUAGUAGAUGACUAUAAGGCUACAGAAUAAACCCUCACGGGAAGAUUUUUUUACAACUGUAGAUCGACAUGUUGACUGAGCAGGAGAUCUGCCUGGGAUUCGAUGUCGCCGAUCCACAAGUCCGCGCUGCUGCUGUGGCACUCAGGCUGAUGCACUGCUCGGAGCUUCGUCAACUUCAGAACCAAAUAAACUCUGCGAUUGUACAAGUCCAGAAGCUUACUGCUGACCCAAAGACAGACGAAAAACUCGGCCAGGUCGGCUUCUAG